AUGACGAACUCCAGUAUUUGCUCACCCACGGCCAUACCGACACCGUCUGUGUUCGGGGCUGAAGUUCUUUCUCUCUCCGCAUCCUGGGUCAGCAAUUAUAGCACAUAUAUUUUCGCCGAUUUCAACUACAAUGGCGGUGCUGUUAGUCUGGAUAAUGCCAGGUUCUGUAACAUCACAGUAACCUACACCCAUCCCGGGUAUGAUGACCGAAUCACUGUCGAAACCUGGCUCCCGCCGCCGGAUCAGUGGAACGGCCGUCUACAGGCAACAGGGGGCGGCGGAUGGGCUGCUGGCCGAUGGCUGUUGUCAGACACGUUUAUGGGAGGAGCGCUUGGGGAAGGCUAUGCUACAACCACGACUGAUGCUGGACUGGGCAUUGAUACAACUGGACCGACUGAAUGGGCGCUUACCAGCCCUGGGAAUAUCGACUACGUGGCUCUGAACAAUUUCGGAUCGCGGGCCUACAAUGAUCAAGCCCUUAUUGGGAAGAGCUUGGUGCGUAGCUUCUAUGGCCGCGCCCCGGAAUACUCCUACUGGAGCGGCUGCUCUCAAGGAGGCCGACAAGGGCUAAUGCUUGCUGAGCGGUACCCGAGGGCCUAUGAUGGGAUCGCAGCCUCGGCACCUGCGCAAUCCUGGACUAAAUUUACCUCCUCACUCUACUACCCUCUCUUUAUGCGCAUCUGGCACAAGGUGAGCCCGCUAGUCUGUGAGCUUGACUUCCUUACCAGCGAGGCCAUCGCCGCCUGUGAUCCCCUUGAUGGAGUGGUCGAUGGACUUAUCUCAAAUAUGACCGCCUGCAACUACGAUCCCUACACCGCGGUGAACAAGACCUUCUCGUGUGCGACCCUGAACCGGACUAUACCACUCAGCCCGGGCGCCGCGCUAAUCGCCGAUGCUGCAUGGUCGGGCGCGCAGACCACGGACGGCCACCGACUCUGGUUUGGGUACAACCCGGGGUCUGAUAUUGGUAGCACCUUUGGGUCAAUCCCAGGAUUUAACAUCAGCGUGCUAAAGGACGAGUGGUUCAAUCUCUUUGUGGCCAAGAAUGCCAGUUUUGACAGCUUCGGGAUGAGCCACGAGCAGUAUCAGGAGUUUUUCGAGCUUGCCACCCAAGAGUAUGCCGAUGCAUUGAAUGCAGCCGAUCCAGAUUUAUCCGCAUUCAAGGCCGCGGGCGGCAAACUCAUCACCUACCAUGGCAUGGCCGACCCUCAAAUUCCUACUAAAGGCACCGAGUUUCUCUACGACGAGGUGCAGGGGCGGUUCCCAGAUGUCCAUGACUUUUGGCGGUUCUUUGAAUCGCCUGGGUUGGGCCAUUGCUCGGGCGGCCUUGGCGGACAGCCGACCACCGUCAUGCAGGCGCUGCGACGCUGGGUCGAGAAUGGCACUGUCCCGGAAACCCUACCCGUGGAAUACCCAGACCUUCCAGAUGCACCUCAUCGCAUUCUGUGCCCGUAUCCUGCUCAGGCUGCCUACAUCGGUGGUAAUACCUCAUUGGCUGAGAGCUUCCGCUGCGUCUGA